AGGGGAGGGACGGAGGAGUUUGGCGCAAAGCCUGCCGGGGCAUGGAGUCCCGGUGAGCUGUGUGCGCAUGUGCGGGGAGGUGAGGGGGCUUUGGGGGCCUCGCCUGGCAGAGUGAGGCUCUACCGUGUCUGCCCCACGAAGUGCCAUGGAGGUCCCUGUGUUGCCGCAGCCUGUGAAGCAGGAGGGCACCGCCCCCGAGGGCCUGGCCUCGGGCCUGACCCUGGACUCGCCCUGGCACCGCUUCCGCCACUUCCACCUGGGCGACGCGGCGGGGCCCCGGGAGGCGCUGGGGCUGCUGCGGGCGCUGUGCCGCGACUGGCUGCGGCCCGAGCUGCACUCCAAGGAGCAGAUGCUGGAGCUGCUGGUGCUCGAGCAGUUCCUGAGCGCGCUGCCCGCUGACACGCAGGCCUGGGUGUGCAGUCGGCGGCCGCGCAGUGGGGAGGAGGCCGUGGCCCUGCUGGAGGAGCUCUGGGGACCCGCCGCCCCCCCAGAGCGGCCGUCCGGGGCGGGGGCACCGCAGGAAGUGACCGAAGGCUCCGGGCUCAGCGUCGGAAAGGACAGCAGUGGCAUGGUCCCCUUAGCAGGAGACGCGGAGCCUGCCGUGCAGGUGCCGGCCACAGCCGGGGACGCCCAGGCCGCGCGGCCCUACAAGCAGGAACCUAGCAGUCCCCCGCUGGCGCCCAGCCUGCCGGCCUUCCUCGUGGCCCCGGGCACCGCCGCCUGCCCCGAGUGCGGCAAGACGUCCCUGAAGCCGGCCCACCUGCUGCGCCACCGGCAGAGCCACUCGGGCGAGAAGCCGCACGCCUGCCCCGAGUGCGGCAAGGCCUUCCGGCGCAAGGAGCACCUGCGGCGCCACCGGGGCACGCACCCCGGCGCCCUGGGGCCGGCCCUGCGCCCGCUGCCGGCCCGCGAAAAGCCGCACGCGUGCUGCGAGUGCGGCAAGACCUUCUACUGGCGCGAGCACCUGGUGCGCCACCGCAAGACGCACUCGGGCGCGCGGCCCUACGCCUGCUGGGAGUGCGGCAAGGGCUUCGGGCGCCGCGAGCACGUGCUCCGGCACCAGCGCAUCCACGGGCGCGCGGCGGCCAGCGCGCAGACGGGGGCGGCGCCGGGCCCGGACAGCGGGGGCCCCUUCCCGCCGUGGCCCCUGGGCUAAGGGUCGCUGCUGCCGCGCCCGCCCUUGGUGCUGCGCCACACGCGCCUCCCCGGCACCCUCUCCGUCCCAGCCUUUCUCAGCCCCC